AUGUCACUCAAGGGAAAGGUUGCAAUUGUCAGUGGCUCCUCGUCCGGUAUUGGCGCCGCGAUCGCCCAAGAACUUUCGAGUCGUGGGGCUCACAUUGUUGUCAACUAUCCCACAUAUGAACAGCGUGCUCAAGCAGAGUCUGUGCUUCAAAGCCUCAGUGGGCCAACAUCUACCAUGGUCGAGGCCGAUCUGUCCAGUCUCCAAGGCCCAAUGAACCUGGUAAUGGCGACCGUGGCUGAAUUUGGAAGAAUCGAUAUUCUAGUGAACAAUGCCGCAGUCAUGGGCCCAAGUGCUCUAGAUGCAAGCAGCACAACAGAUCUGCUACAGUUAUGGGAUGCCAUGAUAAAUGUGAAUUGUCGAGGCACGAUGCUAUUGACACGCGAAGUUCUCAAGCACCUCUCGCCGAGCCACUCCCGCAUCAUCAAUAUUUGCAGUUCAACUUCAAGAGACCCAGAUCCAAACAUGACAUUUUAUGCGGGGACGAAGGGAAUGAUCGAGUCUUUUACACGAUGCUGGGCGAAGGACCUCCCCCGCAAAUAUGGCUGCACUGUGAAUGCUAUCGCUCCGGGUCCAACUGCAACACAGGCCAUGCUUUCUACGCCUCCAGUUUUCCAAGCAAUUAUUAAAGACCGAACUGACAGGACUCCUGUUGCACCGAGGCUGGGGAAGCCUGAAGAGAUUGCCUGGACGGUGGCGAUGCUGUGCGAAGAGAAAGCGGGGUGGCUUAAUGGACUAUAUAUCCCUGUCGCGGGGGGCGGACUAUUUGUUUAA